AAAAAGAGUGUAAACAAAUUUUAUUUUAUUAUUCUAUCUUAUUAUUUCAUCUGCUAAUAGACUUAGAUCUAUCUGAUUGAUUUUACAUAAUUUAAUAUAGCAAAAUCAAAUACUACUAUUUAUCUUAAAAGCACCAAAAAAAUGAAAAACUAUAUUUUAACAAUAUUUGCAAUCACUUCUGUUGCACUCACUGCCUAUCUUUUGGUUUAAGGCUAUUAAACUCCAGUCUUAUAACAAAAUUCUUUUACUACCGUAAGACUAUGGAAUUAAUGUGCUGAUUAAGUACCUAUGCCUUGUUCCCAAUGCCCAAAAUAUGAGCAUCCAGUCUGCUUAGAUGGAUUUGUAGAUACAAACAAUUGUUUACUCAGAGAUACACAAGAAUGUACAAGUUUUUGGGAUUUUGUCUACAAUCCUUCAAAUAUUGACAAUGUUUUACCUGAUAUCAUGUCUGAAUGCGUAAAAAUUUGUGAAAAAUAUUCUCAAAAAGAAAAACACUUAUCAAAAUGGUUCUAAUAGAAGUUCAAUUCUUGUGCUCAAUCAUAGUGA